AUGGCCGACACUACUACGAAGAAGGCGGAGGACACCAAGCAGAGUGUCGGAAAUGUGGUCACAGCAACGGGGGAUAUAGUAGGAAAAGACGGUGGUAUCGUAGGCAAGGCUCUCCCGCUCGACAAUGCCUCCGCAGGCGGCUCCAAGAAGGGCAUUUUCGGCACCUUAAUGGGCGCAACAAAGGGCGUCAAGGGUGUUGUCGACACAGUUGACGGCACCGUCCAGACUGUCGAGAAGGGCCUUCCUCUCGUCGGCGACCUCACAAAGGGCCUCGGGCUCGGUAACGGCGGCGGCGGCUUCGGCGGCCUCCUCGGAAAGAAGCAGGAGGAUCGCAGCGCCGAGGACAAGGCGGCGACCACUGAGCAGGCCAAGAAGGAGCUCUUCGACAACUCAGACAAGGCUGCUGAUGCGGCGCCAAUUGAUCUCAAGGAUCAGGAGGCUGUCGACAACGCAAAGACCGAGGUCGAGACCAAGAGCCAACCACCACAGAGUGAGGCCAGCGAGUCCAAGGACGAGGCUACGGAAGCCACCACUGAAGCCAGCACCGAUGACAACGAGACAGUCAAGCAGUCCGGCAAGGACCUGACCGAUACCGUCUCUGGUGCUGUUGGUGGCGCCAAGGAUGCCGUUGAGAGCACCGCAUCAGGGGCCAAGGACACUGUGGAAGACACUACUCAGAAGACGACUGACACUGCGGAAGACACCACAACAAAGGCUACCGACGCCGUGGAGGACACAACGUCCAAGGCCACUGAUGCCGCUGAGGACACCACGUCCAAGGCCACCGACGCCGCUGAGGACACCACUUCCAAGGCGGCCGACGCUGCCGAAAAGACGGCAGACGAUGUCCAGGACACGGCAGAGGAAACCGCAGAAACAGCACAGUCCACCGUCGAUGACACGUCCAAGGACGUGCCCAAGGACACUGAUUCUGCCAAGGGUCUCGACGACACAGCGGACGACGCUUUCGACACUGCAGAGCAGACCACUUCCGACGCCAAGGACAGCGCUGACAAGACUGCAUCUGACGACAAGGUCGAGGAUACCAAGGCCGCUGCCGAGGGUGCCAAGGACACUGCGGAGGAGACGGCCGAAGAUGCCAAGGACGCCGCCUCCGAGGCCCCCAAGGGUCUCAGCGAGCAGGCCCAAAGCCAGCUGGACGAGAUGGAGACGGUCGCCGACGUCCAGGUGGAGAACCCUUUCCAGAAGUUCGAGGGUGCUCAGCUUGACGACGAAGGCAAGGUCAUCUUCGACAACCAGUCCAUCGGCAAGGUCGUCGAAGGUGAUCCGCUCGAGCUCGCCAACAAGGAGAUCGCUCCCGAUGGGGCCAUUCUCAACGAUGAAGGCAGCGAAAUCGGCCGCGUCGAGCUCAAGUCGGAAAUUGCUGAGGAUCUGCAGAAGCAGGCUGAGGCACUGGCUGGCCUCAAGGACGCCAAGGUCAACAAGGCCGGUAAUUUGGUGAAAAAUGAUGCUGUCAUUGGCCGUAUCGUUGAGGGUACCAUCAAGAAUUUGAUCGGCCGCAAGGCUGAUGCUCAAGGGCGUAUCUGGAACGACUCGGGCGAGCAGAUCGGCCGCGCCGAGCCUCUGGCCGACAAGGAGCGUGAGGAGUUCAAGGAACCUUCGCCGUUUGAAGACUUCCCUGAUGCUGUUGUCCAGUCCAACGGCGACGUCACCUUUGAGGGAGAGAAAAUUGGUGUGCUGGUCGAGGGCGACCCUAAGAAAUUGAAGGGGAAGCACAUCGAUGAGGACGGCGAGGUACAGGAUAGGCAGGGGAACGUUAUCGGACGCGCUGAGCGUUGGGAGCCCGAAGAGGAGGAGCCUGCUCCAGAGGUUGACAACUCUCUACUCGCCGAGAAGCGUGUCAACAAGGCUGGCCUGGUCGUUGAUUCUAACGGUACCGCUUUUGGACGCGUUGUCGAGGGAGACGUCGCAAAAUUGAUCAACCGAAUGUGCAACAAGAAGGGCGAGGUUCUUUCCGAAUCGGGCGAGGUCAUCGGACGAGCUGAGCUGAUUCCGGAACAUGAACGCCACGAGAAGAAGGACCAGCCCUUUGAGAAUUUCCCCGACGCCGUGGUUCAGGCCAACGGCGACGUGACCCACAACGGCGAGAUUGUUGGACGGCUGAUCGAGGGUGACGCGAAGAAGCUUCAAAACAGCAAGGUCGACGCUGACGGCGACGUUGUCCGAGACGGAAACGUCAUCGGGAAGGCUGAGCGUUACACUCCGGAGGAGCCGGAGCCCGAACCUGAACAGGACAAGAGUAUUCUGGGCGGCAAGCGUGUAAACAAAGCCGGCUUCGUCGUCGAUUCAAAUGGCGUGCCUUACGGACGCGUGGUCGAAGGGGACAUCUCAAGAUUGGUCAACCGAAUGUGCGACAAGCAGGGUAACGUGCUGUCCGAAAGUGGCGAUAAGCUGGGAGUUGCAGAGGUGCUUCCGGAGGGCGAGCGUGAGCUCAAAAAAGAAGGUCCUUUUGCUGAGUUGCCAGGGUGCACUGUUGCCAAAGACGGUACCGUAGUCACCCCUAGCGGUGAUAUUGUCGGACGCCUGAUUGAGGGAGACGGGAAAAAAUUGUUCGGACGUGAGGUUGAUGAUGAUGGUGAGAUUCUACACCAAGGGAACGUUAUCGGCCGCGCGGAGCGUUGGGAGCCGGAACCGGAACCUGAGAAGGAGAAGGGACCAUUCGCCGGCCUCAAGGUGAACAAGCAAGGCGAUGUGUACCGCGACGGAGAGCUCGUCGCCCGCCUGACCUCAGGCGAGCUCAGCGUAUGCUCCGGAGCCGAAAUUGACGACGACAACGACGUUAUCAACCACAAGGGCACGUCAGUCGGACAUGUCACUGCCAUUGCGGAUAUUCCCGAGCCCGAACCUGAAGAGCCAAAGGAGUCCGAGGAGGAGAAGAAGGCUCGCGAGGAGGCUGAGCAGGAUGAGAAGCUUGCCAAGAACCUGGCUAGCCAAGUCGAACAGAGUCUUGACAAGAUUCGCCCAAUCUGCAAGAUGAUCACCGACAAGAUUGAAAAGGCGGAGCGAACGCCCAAGGACGAGCUUGACGAGGAGGCUCUCGUCAAGGAGGUUAAGCCGCUGAUCGAGGAGGGCGGCAACAUUCUCAGCGAGCUGAACGGUACCAUCCGUGCCAUGGACCCCGACGGCCGCAUCCAGCGCAACGCUAAGCACAAGUCGAGCACCAGCGAGGCUUCCCCUGCUGAGCACCAUCUCGCAGACCUGCUUAAGGAGCUUUCUGGCUCCGUCGUUACCUGUGUUGAGAACGCCAAGAAGAAGAUUGCCGACAUGCCACACGCCAAGAAGCACCUGAACCCACUUUGGGCACUGCUGACCGAGCCUCUGGGCCAGAUCUUGGCCGCCGUCGGACUGUUGCUCGCAGGUGUGCUCAACCUCGUCGGACGCCUUCUUUCCGGCCUUGGACUCGGUGGCAUCAUCGAUGGUCUUCUCGGUACCCUGGGGCUCAACCGCGUGCUUGAAGGCCUCGGUCUCAGCAGCAUCACGGGUGCUCUCACGGGAAAGAACAAAUAA